AUGCAAACAGCAGUGUUGUCUCAUCAGACAAAUGCACCAUUUGGAAAUAAUGGAGAGGAUUAUCAUCCAGUGGCAGUGGUAGCAGUGUCGGCAAAUGAUGAGGAUCAUCCAAUGAACAUUGUAGUGGCAAGUCUAAAGGAUCACGUUUCAUCUCUAUCCUCAAUGUUUACAACGACUACUACGACCAUGAUGCCCUCGACUCCUACAACGACUACCACAACUACCAUAACAACAUUGGAAACGACAACAACAACAUCUGUCGAUGAUGAUGCUGAUGGCCAACUAUGCACUGCUCCUCCAACUCUGCCCCCACCUCCGGCACCUCCACUCCCAUAUCAACGUUCAUAUUCUGCACCGACUGCAGGAGCAGCAUUCACACCACAUGUACAUAAUCAUUGCGAAACAACCUUCGCAUCACAAUCGUCUGCUGACAAUGGCCUGCUCGGCCUCGGACAAAACGUGUCAAUGCUGCCAGAGCUGUGCGAACUGUUCUCCUCAUUCCGACAAUUCAAAGUAAACUUGGUGUCGGGUAAGAAAGAGGACGAGUUGUCCAAGUUCCAGAGUCAAGUCAACUCUCUGUUCAACAAGGAUUACAACAUCACCAUCAUCAACAAUAGGAAUGGUGAGUUCUGUGCCACCUACCCACCCGACCUCGUAGUUAUAGAAUCUGAGAAGAACCUAAAGUGCAAAGCAUGUAUAGAAAGGGACAUCAAGAGAGUCAACAAUCCAUCAACUAUUCAGAAGCUGUUGGCACAAUCCAGGUUUGCACGAGUAAGGACACGCUUCCCUUUCCCAGUUAUCUAUUAUCACAACAAGAACCUGUGUCGUUCAUCCACACUAUCAAAGAGGAUUGAGUAUAUGCUACAAACUGGUGUAAACUCAAUCAAGACUCAAUUCAAGAAUAGCAGCUCAAACAUUGGCAACACAAUGUCCAACUCGGUACAGUCGUCCGACGAUAUGGACCAAGGUGGUGAUAUGAACUAUCAACAGGACAUGGAAAUGUUGCGAAACAAUGACAUCAACGCCAUCAAGAACCUAUCAGUCAAAUACAUCUUUGAUCUGAUGGUUGAGAACAAGAAGAAGAAGUUCGGCAUCUACGUCUGCUCAUCGGAGAAGGCGGAUGUCAAUGACAGGUACUCGAAGCACUUUGUCAUCGCCUCCACUCCAUACCCUGGUGUGGAGUUCUUUACCCAGUUCAAUCAGAACCAACACAAUGCCAAGGAUCUCAUGUUUGAUUGGGAUUCCAACGAGCCGUCAGCCGAGCUCAAGAUCGACAAGUCCUCCAUCCCAGUCGUCUGGGAGGAGUACAAAUCAUGGGACCUCUUGUACCUGACUCAGAACUAUCUGAAGCUGCUACUAGAGUACAUAUCGGACGACAGCAAGGACGCUGGUGUGCUGGUCCAUUGCAUCUCAGGAUGGGACCGAACACCUCUAUUUAUAUCACUUUUAAGAUUGUCGUUGUGGGCUGAUGGAGAGAUCCAUCAAUCACUCAACGCAUCUGAGAUACUCUAUCUCACAGUGGCCUAUGAUUGGUUCUUGUUCAGUCAUCAACUAUCUGAUCGAGUUGCCAGGGGCCAGGACAUCUUCUACUUCUGCUUCUACUUCCUGGAGUUUAUCACCUCCUCGGAAUACUCUGUACAUCAUUACUCAUCACCAAAGAGGUCGAGAAACAAUCAGCAUCACUCGGGCAGUGUAUCGACUGCUCAAGACAUCCCCGCACCAUCCAGUGGACAACAUCAUACCUCAUCAACACUUGGCAAGCAAACACUGAAUGUCUACAGCUCAUGGAAGACCUCCAUGAUGCAGCAUCCAGGCUCGUCGCCAACGACAUCAUUAUCCAAGUCAGUGGACGUCUCCCAAUCAGCACCAUCCACUCCCAAGAAGGAAUCGCCUGCCUCCUCACUGUUCAAACUACACUCACUCUUUUCAAACUACACAUCAGCACCAUCAUCACCUCAACACUCACCAUCAUGUAUCCCUCUGAAGCCUACCACCAGCUCGAGCUCACCACUGGAGGUGCCAGGCAAUGGCUGCAACAGGAUCAGGAGCAGACCUUCACCUUCAGAGUACCCCGCUACCAAGGACUGUGAGGAGCUUGGUGGCAGCUGGCAAUUGAUGGGCUCACUGCCCGACUACAUGAAGUCUCUGUCCUCAUUCACCUCCACUCCCAAGUGCCCUUCAUCGGGUAGUGACGUAGAGGACAUGAACCACGACGCCAAGGAUCAGGGCGACGACGAGGUACUGGCGGAGCUGGACCAGAGUUGGGACCCUAACACAGGCUUCAUCGUCGACCAUAAUCCAUUGGGAGUGGCUGCGGCAACAGCGGCAGCGGAAGUGAUGAACCAAGCACCGUCGACGGUCGUCUUGACCGAGCAUGGUACGCCUGGAAACAACAAGCGUAUCAAGCAACAGGAUGGACAUGGAGCGUUUGCCAACUCACGUGUCAGGGACGAUGAUCGCGACCCGAUGUCCGGUCAAGAGGAGGAGCAGUUGCCCCACAAGCAACAGCACACCCAUGUACACAACAACAACAGUGCCAACCUAUCACAAGAGGAGCUCUCAGCCCGUCGUACCCAACGUUUACUCGAAGUCAAGAAGUUAUUCAUGGCCAUCUAUCAACAAUUCUGUUCACAGUGUCCAAACGAUAGCUAUUGGAAGACAGUACUAUCUUACCUUCCCAAAUCACCUUGGUAA